ACAAACAUUAUGGCGACUGGGCUGACUGAUCCACGCAUGCGUCUUUGUUGACGUAAACAUGACAUGAGCUACAGUACAGCCUUGAUUUCUUACUGCUAGUGACGUAAUUAGGUCACAUUAUGAUGCUGUACUGCCAGCGGAUCCGUUUAGAGUGUGUUAUGUCCCUCUUUAAGAAAACCAGCGUUCAUUUCAUUCUGGGGAUAUGUCUUGGACUAAGUUUUUCAUUCAUCCUGUAUGUUUAUGAGAAGACAAAUGAACAUAACAGUUUACUCAUUAGAAGUAUUGGACUUCAUUUGGACAACAAUAAUCACGUCAACUGUGAAAACAAUGCCAGAAAUAUUAACCCAGAAUUUUCUCGAUUUCCGGUAGGAGCUGCAAGUAAACCUCACCAGCAGAAGUUGGUCGAGUCGCAGUAUCACCAUGAUGAUGAUUUGCUUGCUAAAGAACUUCACAGCAAGGUUAGAGUGGCAUGUUGGAUCAUGACGUCACCUGACACUUUACUCAGUAAAGCCAUCCACAUCAAGAACACCUGGGCCAAACGUUGUAACUUGGUCCUGUUCAUGAGUUCUGUUGCUGACCCAGAAUUUCCAGCCGUUGGACUCGAUGUUCCAGAGGGCAGAGAACACCUGACAGCCAAGACGAUGAAGGCGUUUAAAUAUCUGUACGAUCACCACAUGGAAGACGCGGAUUGGUUCUUAAAAGCUGAUGACGACACAUACGUCAUCGUAGAGAAUCUUCGGUACCUCCUGCUAAACGAAGAUCCCGCCCAGCCGGUUUACUUUGGCCAGAGAUUUAAACCCUACGUCAGGCAGGGGUACACAAGUGGUGGGGGUGGAUACGUCUUAAGUAAGGAGGCGUUAAGACGUUUUGGGGAGGAGGGUUCUGUAAACGCCAAGAUCUGUGCCAAAGAUGGCGGACCGGAGGAUGUUUAUAUGGGGAAGUGCAUGCAGAACUUGGGCGUCAAGUUAAAAGACUCGACAGACUCGCUCAACCGUUCCAGGUUUCAUUGUUUUAAUCCAGAGACUGUGCUCAAAGCACGUUUUCCUAAGUGGUUCAUCAAUUUCGAUGUUUUAUCUGGGAGAGGGGGCAUUGAGAACAUCAGCGACUACGCCGUGAGCUUCCACUACAUCCAUCCCAACCAGAUGUACACCCUGGAGUUUUUUAUCUAUCACCUACGUCCUUAUGGCAUUUUAAACAGUCCGCAGAGUCUAAACAAGCUUUAACCCACACAGAGUCUAAAUAAGCCUUAGCCUACACAUAGUAUAAACAAGCCUUAGCCCACACAGAGUAUAAACAAGCCUUAGCCCACACAGAGUAUAAACAAGCCUUAGCCCACACAGAGUAUAAGCAAGCCUUAGCCCACACAGAGUAUAAAAAAAGCACACAUAUAGUCUUAAUAAGCUAUAACCCAUAGAGUUUAAAAAUGGUUUAACCCACAAAGUCUCCUGAAAAUUUAGCCCUUAUAACAACAAUAUGGUUGAGCCCACAUAAUCUCAAUGAGGUUUAGUAACAGCUUGAAGUAUCUAAUCCACCAUGUUUUAAUCAAUAACAGAAAGUACUGCAUUCAAUUUAAUAAUCGCCAUGCAUUUUUGUGUGUACUUUUUUAGAAAGUGUAAGCCUAGCAAUCUAGCAUACAGAUGUUAUUUAAUAAUUUUGAAUUAUCAAAUGAAAUUUUUUUGUAAAUAAAAUUAGAAAGUUAAGUGCAGUAGUCAGGUAUCAAGUAGUUCUGAUCAGUAUUAGUUUAUGUGUGCCGAAAAUGUGUUACACAAGCUAUGUGUUGUAGUCUAUAUAAUAUGUGUCAUAAAACUAUAGUUUGUGAGCAUGAAUGUAACCUUUAGUUUGGCUAUGCUUAAAAGUUGUGCCUUCUCAUGUUUGUAGAUAUAAAUCCGGACUAUAUGGAAAAUAAAACUAUUGGUCUAACUCCGUUAACGGCAAAGGUAUAAUCUCCUCUCUCCUUCACCCCCCCCCACCCCCAAAGUAUCGUGUUAUUAUUGGACACAUCCAAUAAACUGUUUGGUAAUAUGUAGUAAGAACGAGUAAAGAGCUAUAACUCCUUAUUAUUUAAGUUAUUAAUCAUACAGUUAUAUCCCUUUAAAGCUUUUAAUCCAUCAAAGUUUCAGGUUGAUUAGUCCUAAUGUCACA